AUGCUACAUAGCGUGUUGUUGAUUGCAAAUGAGGUGGUUGAAGAAGCCAAACGAUGUCACAAGCCAUGCAUUGUAUUCAAGGUUGACUAUGAGAAGGCGUAUGAUUCAGUAUCUUGGGAGUUCCUCACUUAUAUGAUGAGUAGGAUGGGAUUUUGCAGCAAAUGGAUCAAAUGGAUUGAGGGGUGCCUAAAAUCAGCAUAUGUUUCAGUCUUGGUGAAUGAGGCACUAAAUGGCCUCAUGUCACAAGCUCAGGCACAAAGGCUAUAUAAGGGAUUUUUAGUUGGCUCUAACAAGGUGGAAAUUAGUACCCUUCAGUAUGUAGACGACACAAUCUUCUUUAGGGAGGCAACAAUGGAAAAUGUUAGAGCAAUUAAAGCAAUGUUGAGGGCCUUUGAACUUCAUCAGGGGGAGUUGUGGGGCAGGGUACUGGAAUCAAAAUACGGGGGUUGGAGGAAUCUAGAUGAUGCACUGAGAGUCAGUAGGGAAUCAAUAUGGUGGAGGGACUUAAAGUUGGUGACUCAACACCCGCAACAUGGGCAUAUAUUGAACAAUUCAACAUUAUGGAAGGUCAACUGUGGGGAUAAGUUCGAAUUCUGGGAGGACAAUUGGUUGGGUGGAGCGGGCUCUUUACUAGACAAGUAUCUUAGGCUGUAUACCAUUUCUUCUCAACAAAAUCAAAUUAUACAGCACAUGGGAACUGUCAAAGACUCAGGGUGGGAAUGGGAGUUCAGGUGGAGGAGAACAAUGUUUGAUAAUGAAUUAGACAUGGCCAUAUCAUUUCUAAAAGAUGUGGAGAGCCAUAAUAUUCAACAACAAGAGAGAGAUCAAUGGGUGUGGAUGGCCGAUUCCAAUGGGCAGUACUCGAUUAGAAGUGCCUAUAAUGUGCUGAGAGAGGAUAUAGCAGAAGAGAUACAUGAUGGAGCUUAUGAGGAAUUGUGGAAGCUCAAGGUUCCAACAAAAAUUGCUACAUUUGCAUGGAGAUUAUUCAGAGACAGGUUACCAACCAAGACAAAUCUGUAA